AGGAACUAGGGCGGAAGGGGACUAGAGCAGGGCUGUGUUUGGAGUCUUGGCGGGGCUGGGGUUCCGAUGUGGUCCCCGGAGCGGGAGGCUGAGGCCCCGGCCCGGGGAGACUCCGCGGGCCUACUGCCUCCCGAGUGGGAGGAGGAUGAGGAGCGUAUGUCCUUCCUGUUCUCUGCCUUUAAAAGGAGUCGCGAGGUGAACAGCACCGACUGGGACAGCAAGAUGGGCUUCUGGGCGCCGUUGGUGCUGAGCCACAGCCGCCGCCAGGGGGUGGUGCGCCUGCGUCUGCGGGACUUGCAGGAGGCCUUUCAGCGCAAGGGCAGCGUCCCGCUGGGGCUGGCCACGGUGCUUCAGGACCUGCUGCGUCGAGGGGAGCUGCAGCGGGAGUCAGACUUCAUGGCCAGUGUAGACAGCAGCUGGAUCUCCUGGGGAGUCGGAGUCUUCCUGCUGAAGCCCCUCAAAUGGACUCUUUCUAACAUGCUGGGGGAUAAUAAGGUUCCUGCUGAGGAGGUACUUGUGGCUGUGGAGCUGCUUAAGGAAAAGGCUGAGGAGGUGUAUCGUCUGUAUCAGAACUCGCCAAUCUCCUCCCACCCUGUGGUGGCCCUGUCAGAGCUGAGUACCCUCUGUGCUAGCUCCUGCCCAGAUGAAAGGACCUUCUACUUGGUGUUGUUGCAGCUGCAGAAAGAGAAGAGAGUAACUGUCCUUGAGCAGAAUGGGGAAAAGAUUGUGAAGUUUGCCCGAGGACCACAUGCCAAGGUCUCUCCUGUCAACGAUGUAGAUGUUGGGGUCUACCAGCUGAUGCAGAGCGAACAGCUCCUCUCGCGCAAGGUGGAAUCUUUAUCCCAAGAAGCAGAGAGGUGUAAAGAAGAUGCCCGCAGGGCUUGCCGAGCAGGAAAGAAGCAACUGGCACUGAGGUCUCUCAAGAGCAAGCAACGGACAGAGAAGCGCAUUGAAGCCCUACACGCCAAGCUGGACACUGUUCAAGGCAUCCUGGACCGGAUCUAUGCCUCCCAGACAGAUCAGAUGGUUUUCAAUGCCUACCAGGCUGGGGUAGGAGCACUAAAACUCUCCAUGAAGGAUGUCACAGUGGAGAAGGCAGAAAGCCUUGUGGAUCAGAUCCAAGAGUUGUGUGACACCCAGGAUGAAGUUUCUCAGACUCUGGCUGGUGGGGUAACCAAUGGCUUAGAUUUUGACAGUGAAGAACUGGAGAAGGAAUUGGACAUCCUCCUCCAGGAUACCACCAAAGAACCUUUGGAUCUGUCGGAGAACCCCCAUGAGACAUUUCAUACCAACAGUGUGCCUAACCCUAGGAUCUCGGAUGCUGACCUAGAAGCUGAACUUGAGAAGCUGUCCUUAUCAGAGGGAGGUUUGGUCCCAAGCAGUAAAUCUCCAAAAAGGCAAUUGGAACCGACUCUCUAAAGCCAUUGUAGGACCCUCAAGUGAAGGACCCUCAUGUAAAAGAGAUACCAGGCUUUUGUGUGUGUGUACAUAGUUAUUUAAAUGAGAAACUCUCAGAAUUUGUUGGGAAGAAGAUGGAGAACUACUCUGAUUUAUCUGGAUGCUACCACUUGCUACAGGACAGAUAUAAUUUCUGGAAGUGAUGCUCUGAAGGCUCGCUGCCAGCUGGUGUCAUGGACCUGCCUUCUCAUCUUUAUCGUGCCACAGUUUAUCCAGUUCUGUGUUUGACCUGUCGUCUCUCAUAGCCUGCAGUUCUUGCCAUUGGCUCAGUUAGGUUUGUCUUCACCCACCAGCUUUGUUCCAGCCAAUGAAAGUAAAAGAUUUUCAGCUUUGCCAAAUCAAAAUCAGUCCUCUCCCCCAACCCUCACUGUUUUUUAGAGGAAUUUAUUCUGUCUAUAUGGUCACUUAAACAACUUAUGCCUGUCCCACUUCAUUUUAUUGGUAAUGAGAAUAAUGAGAAUCAAACACAAAGUUUUAUUUGAAGGGACUUAACAGCUGCUGCUUGUUGGAGAAACACACAGUGUAAAAGCUUUUUCCUAGGGUCAUUUUUCAGAAUCUCCAGUUGUUCAGAAGAGAGGUCACCCCUGAGUGGCUCAGUCAUGACAGUUGGGACAGGCUCUGGUGUGGUUGGUGGACACGGCUGCCUCUUCCAUCUUACGCAGAAGAAGAUCUAAUGCAGAAGAUGGAGAAAGAGUUCUUCUUGGUCUUUUGAACUUGAUGGGGAGAGGCCCAGGUGAUUGCAGGGUCCCAUGAUGUCCAAAUGCCAUUUGCUUUUUAAAGAGGCCCCCAUCAUGGAAUAACUUAAAAUAUAUAUACAUACAUGUAUAUUCCAGAACAAGCCACACAAAACACCUGCCCUUCUUGAGCCUGACACAAGACAGAUCGUUUGAAUUUCAGGACAGGGGAUCUGAGCCAGGACGUGCAAUAGAAGCUGAAGAUUUUGGCCUUCUGCCAUACCUGCUGUGUGCUUCCCUGGUCUCUGUUCUACACCUGCGCCUGCCUCCUGAAGUUCCAUCUUCCUACCUCCUUUUGAUGAGUUGGGGAGGAGGGUGUAGAGGGACAGACAGGAGAGGGUCUGAAGGCUCUGGUAACAUGGAGAAGAAACGACAACCACACUGCCACUCGGCUGCUGAAGUACAAGUAUUUCUGCCUGGAGCCCUUUGCCCUGACCCUCCUGCUUGGGGUGGUGUAGAGCAGAGGGGAAGGAUUUGCUCCAGGCCAGGAGCACAAAUCACUAUUCAACAAAUUUCUCUCCCACUCUGUCUUGGUAAACUGAAAUGUUGGGGGUGAAGAGAAACAAUCACUAUUUUUUUCUUUUUUAUCUGGUAAAUAAUUAAAACAAAAAACCCAAGAUCUUU